GGGCCGCGCCGGAAGUGGCUUGUCAGCGCGGCCGCCACCGCCUGCGGCGAGGAGGCGUUUGUGGAAUUUGGGUCGCGGCUGGGCCACGCGGUGUCUGGAUCUUGCUUCCACGCCGCUUCCGCAAGUUGAGAUGUCGCACCCGACCCCCGAAGCUAAGCCGUCCAAUCCCAGCAACCCCCAAGUCUUCUUUGACGUGGACAUCGGAGGGGAGCGAGUUGGUCGAAUUGUCUUGGAAUUGUUUGCAGAUAUUGUGCCCAAAACUGCAGAAAAUUUUCGUGCACUAUGUACAGGAGAAAAGGGUAUUGGAUCCACAACUGGGAAGCCUCUCCAUUUCAAAGGAUGCCCUUUUCAUCGAAUUAUUAAGAAAUUUAUGAUUCAGAGUGGAGACUUCUCAAAUCAGAAUGGGACAGGUGGAGAAAGUAUUUAUGGUGAAAAAUUUGAAGAUGAAAAUUUCCAUUAUAAGCAUGAUCGGGAAGGUUUAUUAAGCAUGGCAAAUGCAGGCCACAAUACAAAUGGUUCUCAGUUCUUUAUCACAACAGUUCCAACUCCUCAUUUGGAUGGGAAACAUGUGGUAUUUGGUCAAGUCAUUAAAGGAAUAGGAGUGGCAAGGAUGCUGGAAAAUGUAGAAGUGAAAGGUGAAAAACCUGUCAAAUUGUGCGUUAUUGCAGAAUGUGGAGAACUGAAGGAAGGGGAUGACUGGGGAAUAUUCCCAAAGGAUGGCUCUGGUGACAGUCAUCCAGAUUUCCCUGAGGAUGCAGACAUAGACCUGAAAGAUGUAGAUAAAAUUUUAUUAAUAACAGAAGACUUAAAAAACAUUGGAAAUACUUUUUUCAAAUCCCAGAACUGGGAGAUGGCCACUAAGAAAUAUGCAAAAGUUUUAAGGUAUGUUGACAGCUCCAAGGCUGUUAUUGAGCAAGCAGAGAGAGCCAAGCUACAACCGAUAGCUUUAAGCUGUGUACUGAACAUUGGUGCUUGUAGAUUGAAGAUGUCAAAUUGGCAGGGAGCAGUUGACAGCUGUCUGGAGGCCCUUGAAAUAGACCCAUCAAAUACCAAAGCACUGUACCGUAGAGCUCAAGGAUGGCAAGGAUUAAAAGAAUACGAUCAGGCAUUGGCUGAUCUUAAGAAAGCUCAGGAAAUAGCACCAGAAGAUAAAGCUAUCCAGGCUGAAUUGCUGAAAGUUAAACAAAAGAUAAAGGCACAGAAAGAUAAAGAGAAGGCAGUAUAUGCAAAAAUGUUUGCUUAAUAAGGAUUCAGUUUUGCUUAAACAUGUGUUGACUGUAUAAAGACAAAUGUAAGAGUUUACUCUAUCGUAUCCCUAGUGUGGUUCCCUUUGAUACCUUGUUCCCCAUUGUUUACAGUUUAGGAGUACUGAUAAGAGUUCAGUCUUAAUAAAAGUGUUACACAAUACAGUGCAGUUGUUGUUUUUAGUGGUUAUAUUACUCACAAAAUAUGGUAUCUAGUCAGUUUUUAAACUCCUAAAGGCUCAUCUUUUUGAAUAAGUAAGUAGACGAAAGCUUAAAUCUGUAUGUCUGUUGUUUCCUUUAAGUCUUUGAUGUAUCUGGGGCUGGUUUGUGCUGGUUUUUAUACUUAAAGUUGGGCAAACUUUUCUGCAAAAGGCUUGACUGUAAAGGUUUUAGGCUUUUAAAACCAUGUAGCCCAUCACAACUAUUCGACUCUGCAGCUGUAAUUCAAAAUUAGCUAUAGAUAGUGUGUAACCAAAGGGUAUGGCUGUGUUUCAAUAAAAGUUUAUUCAUAGAAA